UCAUAAUGAAUAAGUCAAUCAUCAGAGAGUGUGUGAGAAGGAAAUUCUUCGGUUAAUUUCAAUUUAUCCAGGGAAAUGAACGGAGAAAGUGAAGGAACAAUGGAAAAGGUUGAGUUCAAGAAGCGAAUAAGAAAUAAACCUCUCAGAAAACGUCAACAGGACUCCGAUGAGAGUGGAAAUGAGGAGGAGAAAGAAUCCUCCGUUCGGAAUAAAGUGGAGGAGAUGAAAACUAUUCAGAAAUUGAGACAACGUCCAAAUGGGGUUAAUAUCAUCGGCCUAGCCCUUGGUGAACAAGGAACUGCAGAAGUAGCUAAUUCUUCAGAUCCUUUCAAUACUAAAUCCGGGGGUAUGGUCAACAUGAAAGCCCUCAAGAAUGCAAAAUUCAAGCAAGAUGAUGCCUAUGAUACUGGCAUAGGCACACAGUUCAACGCGGAAACGAACAAGCGUGAUGAGGAUGAAGAAAUGGUGAAAUACAUUGAGGAGGAACUAUCGAAAAGAAAAAAUACGUCGAGUAAUGAUCCUUCGAGUGGGCAGUCUGGGGGAAGGAAUUACUGUUCACCUGAGGAGGCUGCUCUCCAGGCAGUUCCCGAGCAUCUGAGACAGAGUUCUGCCCACAGGAGUGAGGAGAUGUUGUCAAAUCAGAUGCUGUCGGGAAUACCAGAAGUGGACCUUGGAAUAGAUGCGAAAAUAAAGAAUAUCGAAGCUACUGAAGAGGCCAAGCAAAAAUUACUGUGGGAGAGGCACAGAAAAAAUGAUGGACCAUCACAAUUUGUUCCAACCAACAUGGCUGUCAAUUUCGUGCAGCAUAAUCGAUUUAAUAUUGACGACGCAAAAGUGAAGAACGAUACAGUACGAGCUGAGAAAGUUGAUCCGAAGGAAGAUCCCAAAGGCAAGAGAAAGGAUAGCAGUGAAAAGGCCACCGACGAUUAUCACUACGAGCGAUUCAAGAAACAAUUCCGAAGAUUCUAGUUUAUCCUCUAACGUGUAAAAAAAUUAUGUGCUUCUCAGUAACCACUCUUUGUAUAAAUAUACUUUCUACAUUCAGUGUUGUAAGAUUGUAAAUAGGAAAUUAAAUAUUUUUUUUUAUUC